UGAGAAGUUUGAUAAAUAUCAAUAUCUAAUAAUUAAUAUAAACAAAAAAUUGUCGUUCUGAAAUAAAUAUAUAUACAUUGAUAAUUUAUUUUCACGUAUCUCAUAAUGUGUCAGUGCUAUCAGUUACUGGUAUAGUGACGGCGAUAACUUUUUUACUUGUCUGUUUUUAUUUAUCAUUCAACAAAACAGUAAUUCACAUUAGUAUAAAUUUUGGCAAUUAUCUGUCAUAACUAAACAUUUUUUAAAUAUAAUAAAAAAAAGUCAGAUUUUUGGAAAUUCAAAUAAUUUAAAAAUUUGAAUGAAACCAUAAAAAAUGGCUGACAAUUGCCAUCCAAUAAAUUCAGUAUCUUUCGAUUGGAACCUUCGUAAUCUGUCAUUUUUACCAAAUACUUGGAUUUACUCAAAUGAAUUCAAGAUGUUUGGAAUAAAUAACGUGACGUUCAAAUUAAGACUCAGAUCAAUUGAUACCAACACAAUCCAAUUCCAUGCUAUGAAAGAUAAUCAUAAAUUAGCAAAAGCUGAUGUAAAAAUAACAAUUGAUCCCAAAGAUGUAGAAGUUAAAGUCGAUGGAUGGAAAGAAAUUUGCGAUCUUGAUUGCACUGACGUUGAUUUAAUCCAUAAUUUUUCUAAAACUGCUUGUAGUUAUUCCAUUGACGCAGUUGUUACUUGCAAAAUCAUUUGGUAUGGAUUCGUAAAGUAUUUGCCUGAAAAAAACUUCCUCCAGAGCCUGAGGCAGUUCCACACAAGUAAAUCAUUCAGUGACGUCGUACUGAUAAUUGGCAAUGAAGAAUUACCGUCUCACAAAAUAAUUCUAUCUGCCCAUAGUCCAGUUCUCCAUGCGAUGCUCACGACAGUCAUGAAAGAAGGAAAGGAAAACCGAAUAGAAAUAAAAAACUUCACAGCUGACAUUAUCGCUGAGAUGCUGGAGUAUUUUUACUCGGGUGAAACAGCAGCCAGUAAAGAUGUCGGAGCGGCCCUGAGAUUACUCGAGGUUGCUGAUAUGUACCAAGUUCAGAACCUGAAGAAUAUUUGUGAAGAAACCUUGCGGAAGAAUAUUAAUUUUAAAACUGUUCUGUGUAUUAUUGAUGUUGCUGAUGAUUAUGAUCUCCCGGAGUUGCGGAAGCAAUCAAUGAAUUUUAUUCUGGAGAAUAGCAAGCGAGUUGUUGAACUAGAGGAGUUCAAAACUUUGUUUUUUAAAAAGCCGCAGUUGAUGUUCGAGUUUACUUAUGCCAGCGCUCAAAAAAAUUGAGACAUUUUUUUUUUAUCAGUAUGAAAAGAUUUCCCAGUAUUUUUUUUAUUUUUGCAUGAAGAAAAUUAUGUUAAUAAAUAAUAUUAAUUUAGUACUUAAGUCAUUCAAUCGUUAUCAGGAAUUCCUGAGCUGUUUUGAAUUUAUUGAAGUUAUCUUAUGAUAUUUUGUAAUUUUUAUACUUUAGUUUAAAAACAGAUUAUAUUUUUGUAAUUUU